AUGCCAGGCGCUGUUUCCUUAUGUUCGAUCAGCAAUGUCGUAGCAACCAAAGUCGAAGAUUUCUCUAAAUCAAGAAAGCAAAGAGCAAAAUUGCUAGGCGGUAAGGAUGAAAAGGCUAUUGAAAGUAUAGCGAUAUUGGCAGAAGCCUACUCACUUAAGGGCUGGUGGAAGGAGGCCGAGCAGCUCCAGAUCAUAGCUAAGCUGGCUUCAACGUUCUGGAAUCAGGGCCGGUGGGAGGAAGCCAAGCAACUCCAGGUACAGGUCAUGGAGACUCGCAAGACGAACCUCGGCGCAGACCAUCCGAACAUAUUGACAAGUAUGGCCAAUUUGGUAUUAACACUCUGGCGCUAA